CAGGCCACAUGCUCCCCGGCCUGGCUCCUCCAUCUCGGCUGACUACUGCUUCAGGCUUUGGUCCUGGCGAACAAGAAUGCCUCCAGACUCUCUAUCAUGAUUCAUGGCUCUACCCAGCCUGAGAGCAGCAGCAUGCCACAUCUCACCCCACAUUCUCUCCGCGGCUCGCACAACGCAGAAGACCAUCCAUUGCAUCAACACCGCCGCCAGACAAUCGGCACAUCUGGUCGUCUUCCCGGAAGCUUCAAUCCCUGCAUUUCCACUAUGGUCCUCACUGCUUCCGCCGACUCACACCCACCACUUCUUCCGACGGAUGGUGCAGGAGUCGGUCUAUGUCGAUGGCGAAGAGAUCUCUGCCAUCCGUCAAGCAGCCCGCGACAACCGCGUGGUUGUCAGUCUGGGAAUAUCUGAGAGGGUGCGAUACAGUUCGGGGACCCUGUUCAACACUAAUAUAAUCAUUGGCGAGGACGGCGAGAUUCUCGUCCAUCAUCGCAAAUUGAUGCCUACAUUCUUCGAGAAGUUGACCUGGGCUCCCGGGGAUGGCUAUGGCCUACGCGUCGCACAGACCCGGUACGGCAAGAUUGGGGCUUUGAUCUGUGGUGAGAACACCAACCCGCUGGCCAGAUAUGCUCUCAUGGCACAGGGGGAGCAAGUUCAUAUUUCCACGUGGCCCGCCAUCUGGCCUACCCGAGUCCUUGUCGAGAACGCUGGCAAUGAACACAAUCCUGUAAGCACAAGGAGUCGCAACUACGACAACAUUGCUGCAAAUCAUACGCGAGCAGCGGCUCACUGCUUUGAAGCCAAAUGCUUCGGAAUCAUGAGUGCGGGACACCUUGAUGAUGCUGCCAUGGCUGACAUUGCUGCCAUGACUGAGGCACCCGAAGACAUGCGCAAGAGGCUAGCAAGCUACCCCCGAGGAGCAAGUCAAUUUCUCGAUCCCACUGGCAAAACCGUCGAAGGUGGUUUCGCCAUGGACCUCACCAAGGACCAGCUGCUGGAUGGACAAGCCAUGGUCACGAAUAUGGAAGCAAUCCUCUUUGCAGACCUAGACCUGAACGAGUGCAUAGAAGGCAAGCAGUACCAUGACGUUGUCGGCGGAUAUCAGAGAUUCGACGUCUUCUCGUUGCACGUUAACCGCCAGCGACAUGAACCUGUACAGUUUCAUGAUGGAAACGAGGACGCGUCGAGCUCGAGCAGCCUUGGGCACGACGGCCAGACCAAUUCCGGUGGGAAAGGGCGGGAAGGGUGAGAUAAUACGGACAAAGAUCCGGUGGAAGCGGAGAGCAGCUCGGAGCAUAUAGCCGACUGGAGGGCUCAGGCUACCUCGAUACAUACCUCGGGAGUGGUAAUAAUUCACC